AAACGGAUCGUGUUGGGUGAAGGUGACGGCGCUGAGCGUGAGUGGCCCUCUGUGUAGAUUAAACCUGCGCUCCCUGUUUCCCAUUUCCACAGCCGAUGCCCGGGGUCGCUACGGGCUUUAAAAUCCCCGCACCGCGCCCUCCAUCCCAGGACCUCUCUGACCUCAUCUCCUACCUGUAUCCUCCUCGCUUCCUCUACUCCAGCCAUGCAGGUAUCUUUCCUGUUCCUGGGCAGAGGUUGCUCCUGCCUCAGGGCCUUCACGUGGGCUGUCCCUCUGCUGGAACUCGCUGACCCCUCAGCUGCAGCAUUGACCUCUAAAGACUCUUGGCACAUGAGGAAGAAACCCGGAAGAAGAGAGCAAAGGAGUCCCGAAUGGCUUUUACUCAGUUGACAUUCAGGGACGUGGCCAUCGAAUUCUCUCAAGAGGAGUGGAAAUGCCUGAAUUCUACACAGAGGACUUUAUACAGGGACGUGAUGUUGGAGAACUACAGGAACCUGGUCUCCCUGGAUCUCUCUCGUAACUGUAUGAUCAAGGAAUUAGCACCGCAACGGGAAAGUAACAGAGAAGAAGUAUUCCACACAGUGACAUUGGAACAACAUGAAAAACAUGACAUCGAAGAGUUUUGCUUCAGGGAAAUGAAGAAAAAAAUACAUGACUUUGACUCUCAGUGGAGAGAUAACGAAAGAAAUUACAACAAAGCGACUAUGGCCCCAAAAGAAAAUCUUACUUGUAGAAGAGACCAACAUGAUAGAAGUGGUAUAGAAAACAAGUCUAUUAAAAAUCAGCUUGGAUUAAGCUUUCUACCACAUCCCCCUGAACUGCAGCAAUUUCAGGCUGAAGGGAAAAUUUAUGAAUGUAACCAUGUUGAGAAGUCUGUCAACCAUGGUUCCUCAGUCUCAGCACCCCAAAUAAUUUCUUCUACCGUCAAAACCCAUAUUUCUAAUAAAUAUGGGACUGAUUUCGUCUGUUCUUCAUUACUCACACAAGAACAGAAAUCAUGCAUUAGGGAAAAACCUUACAGAUACAAUGAGUGCGACAAAGCCUUGAAUCAUGGCUCCCACAUGACUGUACAUCAGGUAAGUCAUUCUGGAGAGAAACAAUAUAAAUGUGAUCUAUGUGGCAAGGUCUUUAGUCAAAAAUCAAACCUUGCGCGUCAUCGGAGAGUUCACACUGGAGAGAAACCAUACAAAUGUAAUGAAUGUGACAAAGGUUUCAGUCGUAACUCAUGCCUUGCACUGCAUCGGAGAGUUCAUACUGGAGAGAAACCUUACAAAUGUUAUGAAUGUGACAAGGUCUUCAGUCGCAAUUCAUGCCUUGCACUACAUCAGAAAAUUCACAUUGGAGAGAAACCUUACAAGUGUAAUGUGUGUGGCAAAGCCUUUAGUGUGAGGUCAACACUUAGCAACCAUCAGACAAUUCAUAGUGGUGAGAAACCUUACAAAUGCAAUGAAUGUGGCAAGGUGUUCAGUCAGACUUCAAGCCUUGCAACUCAUCAGAGAAUUCACACUGGGGAGAAACCAUACAAGUGUAAUGAAUGUGGUAAAGUCUUCAGUCAAACUUCAAGCCUUGCAAGGCAUUGGAGAAUUCAUACUGGAGAGAAACCUUACAAAUGCAAUGAAUGUGGUAAGGUUUUCAGUUAUAAUUCACACCUUGCGAGUCAUCAGAGAGUUCAUACUGGAGAGAAACCUUACAAAUGUAAUGAGUGUGGCAAAGCCUUUAGUGUUCAUUCGAACUUAACUACCCAUCAGGUCAUCCAUACUGGAGAGAAACCUUACAAAUGUAAUGAGUGUGGCAAAGCCUUCAGUGUGCAUUCAAGCCUAACUACCCAUCAGGUCAUCCAUACUGGAGAAAAACCUUACAAAUGUAAUGAAUGUGGCAGAUCCUUUAGUGUGCGCCCAAACCUCACUAGACAUCAGAUAAUCCAUACUGGAAAGAAACCUUACAAAUGUAGUGAUUGUGGGAAGUCCUUUAGUGUGCGCCCAAACCUCUUUAGACAUCAAAUUAUCCAUACUAAGGAGAAACCUUAUAAAAGAAAUUAGUAUGGCAAGGUCUUCAGUCAAAGUUUAAAUCUUGUGAUCAAAGAAUUUAUACCAGAGAGAAACCAUACAAAUAUAAUAAAUGUGGCAAAGUUUUCAGUCACAAUUAACUCUUACACAGCAUCAGAGAAUUUCAUUCUCAAGAGAAUCCUUACAAGUAUGGCAAACCCUUCAUCACAAGUUCAAGCAUUCAUUGAUGUCAGAGUCCAUGCUAAAGAGAAAUCAUAUAAACCUAAGUAUGUGGCAGAGACUUCAUUUAGGUCUCAUAACUCACUAGAUGUCAAAAUGUAUAUACAUCUUUUUAUAUUUUGUGCAUGUUGAAGCUAUUAACCAAGGAUCAAAACUGUAAAACAUCCAAGGAUUUAUGUGAGGAAUAAUUCAAUCUAGUGCUGAUAAACUUUUCAUAUACAUUGUAGAACAACUGCAAGUUCAAAUGUGUUAAAACUCAUACACAACAUGAUAUGUAUUAAAGGUUACAGGAUGUUUGAAGUCA